AUGAAUCAUUCUCUUACAAUCCUUAAACGCGCUCUUGUCGGUGAAGCUGUUAUGUCAUCCGAAUUGGAUGAUCUAGCCAAAUGUUUGUAUAACGGUCAUUUGCCCGGUGAAUGGCGGCGGCUGGCACCUGCCACACUUAAAUCUUUGGCCAAUUGGAUCUUACAUUUCAAGGCCCGAGUGCAACAAUACACCUCCUGGGUAGGUAUAGUACUCGAUAAUAUUUUUGCCCCAUGUUACUGCGAAAUGUCGACAGCAUCUAAACUGUCGAAAUCCGCAGUCUCUGCGAGCAUUGUUACAACUGACUCGAAGGGCCAGACAUACGACAUCAGUCUGGGCUUCUGGCAGCAUGGCCGUUCUUAA